AUGGCUUUGAAAACUUUCUCUACCCUUUCACACACCACCAUUCUCUUCCACAAACUCACUCAUGCUUCUCCUUCUUCCCCAAUUUCAAUCCCCAACUCAACUUCCUCUAUCUACAUUCACAAUUCCCAUAGGCACACGCCCUGUUUGAGUAAAAGGAAAUUCAACCUUACCCUUUUGCUUUCACCCUUUCUAUGGAGCGUCUUGCCUAAUACACUCUUGUUAGCACAAGAAUUAAUAACUGACCUUCAGAGAUACACUGAUUCCAAAGAAGGUUUCACUCUUCUUACACCCUCUUCUUGGACUAAGGUUGAUAAAGCUGGGGCUACAGCGUUGUUUCAAGAACCAAAUAUGGGAAGUAACAAUAUUGGUGUUGUGGUAAACCCGGUUCGUCUUUCAACUCUUCCAGACUUUGGGACUCCUCAAUUUGUUGCUGAUAAGCUUUUACAAGCUGAAAGACGCAAGGAAAGUACAAAGGAAGCUGAGGUGAUUGCAGUUGAAGAAAGAUCAGGGAAAGGAGGUUUGCAAGUUUAUGAAUUUGAAUACAAGAUUGAUAGUACUCGGGGAGGAAUCAAGAGGAUUUUUACUGCAGCAUUUGUGGCUUCAAGGAAGCUCUAUCUUCUAAAUAUCGUUCACUCUGAUAAUCCAGAGAGCCCUCUUGAUCCGGAUAAAAGAAUGAUGUUAGAGCAAGUUCUUCAUUCCUUUGAUUCAUCUAUUUAA